AAGUUUUCUACGUUCGUCAGAGCCCGGUCUGCACCGAAGUCUGUCGGUGGAGCGCGAGCAUCAGUGAGCCUCAUAGACUCUCUGUAGUUUUAACAACACUUGCUGUUUUUGCCUUUUACUGGCAGCAUGUGGCCAGAGCAUCACCUGGAGGCAGCACAGAUACUAGAGUUUGUGUAGGAUCAUACUUCAGUAUGGAGCAAAUCUACACUCAGAGUCAUGAAGAGUUUGAAGUGUUCACUACUGUGAUGUCCCCUCAAGUUUGUCGUCGGAGAAUGAUAUUGAAGCACCAAGGAGAAAUGGUGGUCGUGGCAGCAGGCUACAGUGCAGAGUGUGAUGAUGAGGUGUGUGUAUGUCCCGGUGAAGUCGUGCUACUGCUGUAUCAGGAAAAUCCUGACUGGUGUUAUGUCCGACUACAGAACGGAAAAGAGGGAUACCUCCCCACUGCCUGCUUCACACAGGAGUCAUUGAAGCCUAUAGAGACUCAUCUGCAACAGAGCUCCAUGCAGAAAUCAUCUGAUGAUCGGUCUGGCUGUGCACGAGGGCACUCUCUGAAACUGCCACGGCGAGCAUCUCUGGCAGGUGUGCCAGGUUCACCUCGACUGCUUAAGCGACUGCUGUCUCGUCCCCGUCGACGCAGUGAUGGACAGGCCGUGCGUUUAAUCGGCUCCAUCAAUCCUGCAUACCAUCCAGACUGAUUUGACCCCAAGCUCUGGCCAUCUACCAGGCCCAAACCCCAUCUCUAGAGCUGUAAGCCACAUAAAACUAGGACAGUGUGAUGGCAGAGUUUAAUCUGUACACAGCUCCAUCUGCAGAUGCCAAGGGCAAACAGCAGCACAGAGUGUCCUGCUCAAGGAUUAGGGCCUCAGUUACUCGCCAGUUCAACUGCAAAUGGUGCACAGAUUCUGAUAUGUAAAUAUUGUAAAUAAUUUUCAUUAAAAGAUUUGACAUUUGGCUGUUGUAACACUAAUUUCAAUUAUUACUGCUAUAAUCAGUAUGCAAUUUUUUUUUAAUUUAAUUUUUUUAUGGGGGGUGUAAAAAAAAAGAGGCUUGAAAUCCACCAAAGAAAGUCAAAAUAAAAAGGCUGGAGUAUCUUUCAACUCAUCCUUCAGGAAAAUUUCAAAACAUGAUUUCAAUGAGUAAUAUCACAGACAUUGUCUGAGGUGGUCAGAAUAUGAAGUAUCUAAAAAGGUUUUGUUAUCUAAAUGAAAUGAUAUGCCAUUUGCUGCAAAGGAAUAUUCUGGGUUCAACGCAAAUUUGUAGCAUUUUGACUCUUCCCGUAUUUAUUUAAAAACACGGUUACAAAAAGGCAUUUACACUGGAAGUGAAUGGGGGCCAGACCAUAAAUAUUUAAUUACACACUUUUAUACACAGUUUCAAAAGGGUUGACACACGACAUGAACAUUGUGUUAACAUGACUAUAGUGUGAUAAAAUCACGAGUUUACUCGUGUUGCGUUGUCAUGGCAACACAGUUGUAAUAUUGGAAUAACUAAAAAUAUUAAACUAAACUCAUGUUAAAGGAAUAUUCAGGGUUUUAUACAAGUUAAGCUCAAUCGACAGCAUUUAUGUCAUAAUAUUUAUUACCACCAAAAAUUAUUUUGACUUUCUUGGAAAAAGCUAAAUCUGCUUUCCACUGAGGCACUUACAAUGGAAGUGAAUGGGGCUAAUACGUUAAAAUUCUCACAGAGUCAAAAGUAUAGCCAAAAAACCUAAUAUGUGUGUUAACAUGAUUUUAGUGUGAUAAAAUCACUUACUAACCUUUUCUAUGUAAAAUUAUAGCCAAUUUUACAACUUCUUUGCCAUGACGAUGCAAUGUCAACAAACUCUAAAGCGAUUAUAAAACAAUGUUUUAAACAAUGUUAAAGCUCAAAUAAUUCACAAGUUUUAACAGAAGAUUGAAUGCAAGUUCUUUUAUAAAAUUACAAAUAAACAUUUCUGUUUAAACCCUAUUAAAAUUGGCCCCAUACACUUCCAUUGUAAGUGCCUCACUGUGACACAGAUUUUCGUUUUUAUCAAAGAAAAGUUGGAACGAGUCUAAAUACAUUUUUGAGGUAAUCAACAUUAUGCCACAAAUGCUGUUGAUUGAGCUUAACUUGUAUUGAACCCGGAAUAU